GUGAUUGUACAGUAAAAUGGCAGACGUAAGGAUGGAAAAAGAUGCUCUUGGAGAAAUAGAAGUGCCUAACAGUAAAUUAUAUGGAGCUCAAACAGCACGUUGUCUUAAAAAUUUUCCUAUUGGUGAUCAGUAUGAACGAAUGCCCCUUAGCGUUAUUGUGGCGAUGGGUGUGUUAAAAAAAGCUGCAGCACAAGUAAACUUGGAUUUCGGACUUGAUAGGAAAAUUGCGUCCGCUAUUUCAAAUGCAGCAGACGAAGUUAUUUCAGGAAACCUCUACCAUGACCAUUUCCCUCUUGGUAUUUGGCAAACUGGAUCCGGAACACAAACCAAUAUGAAUGUCAAUGAAGUGAUAAGCAAUCGUGCAAUUGAAAUGAUGGGUGGAAUAUUAGGCUCGAAGAACCCUGUUCACCCCAAUGAUCACGUUAAUAAAGGUCAAAGCAGUAAUGACACAUUUCCUACAGCCAUGCAUAUUGCAGUUGCCCUUGAGUUAAAUAAUAGUCUUCUACCGAACUUGAAAAAGUUAAAAAAUAGCCUACAUGAAAAAAGUCAAAAGUUUAUGCCAAUUAUAAAAGUCGGGCGCACUCACACUCAAGACGCCGUUCCCUUAACCCUGGGCCAAGAACUGAGUGCUUACGUUAAGCAACUGGAAUAUGGAAUAAAUCGAAUACAAAAUACUUUGCCUCGUUUGUACGAGCUGGCGAUUGGUGGAACCGCCGUUGGAACAGGCCUAAACACCUACGUUUCUUUUGAUGAAAAAUGCGCAAAAAAAAUUGCAGAAUUAACUAAUCUUCCUUUCGUGACAGCUCCAAAUAAAUUCGAAGCAUUAGCUACGAGUGAUUCCAUGAUAGAAAUUUCUGGAGCCUUAAAUGUCGUUGCCGCUUCUUUGAUGAAGAUAGCUAAUGACAUUAGGUUUCUAGCAUCUGGUCCCCGAUGUGGAAUAGGAGAGCUAAUACUUCCAGAAAACGAGCCAGGAAGUUCUAUAAUGCCCGGCAAAAUUAAUCCGACCCAAUGUGAAGCGCUCACAAUGAUCGCAGCUCAAGUAAUGGGUAACAACGUUGCUGUUACAAUAGGCGGAUCGAAUGGUCAUUUUGAAUUAAACGUUUUUAGACCAUUGAUGGUUUCAAAUGUACUUCGAUCUAUUAGACUACUGGCUGAUGGUUCCAAUUGCUUUACCACCAAUUGCAUAGAUGGAAUGGAAGCCGAUGAGGAACGUGUGGCAUUUUUGCUUAAUCAAAGUCUUAUGUUAGUUACCGCGUUAAGUCCGCAUAUUGGUUAUGACAAAGCAGCUCAAAUUGCUCUGAAAGCUCACCACGACAGAAUGACGCUAAAGGAGUCCGCAAAAAUUUCUGGAGUUACUGAAUCCGAUUUCGAUAGCUGGGUUAAACCUGAAAACAUGUUGGGGCCAGCUGAUUACAAGAAAAAAUAAAGUGUAUCAUCGAGGAAACUUAACGAUUGAUACGGCAUUCUGUAGCGGGUGAUUCUACGAUAUAAACGUUUUAUACUUAGUUUAUUGACAAUUCCAACGAUAAGCAAUAAUUAUUUAGUUAGAUGUCCAUAAAGGAUAAUAUCAAAAUCGCUUAACGUACCUAUAGUCAACUGU